AUGAUAUCAACCACAUUUCUCUUCGCCCUGGACAACACCAUCGUGGCAGACAUCCAACCCACAGUUCUCGAUCUAUUCGGCCAAGUCUCCCUCCUACCUUGGAUUGGAGUUGGCUUCGCUCCAGGCACGAUGUAUGUGCUACCAUGGGACAAGGUCUACGGCGUUUUUAAUGCAAAAUGGGUUUACUUGUUCAAUGUUGUGCUUUUUGAAGUCGGUAGCGCAGUGUGUGGUGCGGCUCCCAAUAUGACUGCGCUGAUAGUUGGGAGAGUCGUUGCCGGCAUUGGUGGAUCCGGGAUGUACUCUGGUACGUUGAGCUUUGUGGCUAUGUUGACUUCGAUCGAGGAGAGGCCUAUCUACAUGGCUGGAAGUACUGUCAUUUGGGAAAUUAGCAGUGUGCUUGGCCCUGUGGUCGGCGGUGCCUUUGCGGACAGCUCGGCGACUUGGCGAUGGGUGAGUGAAGCUGAAUAA